UCUCUCCCUCUCUGCCUCCAAUUCAACGCCAGGCCAGCAUCCCUUACGGCCUUAGGAUUCACCUUUUAAAAGCCCAAAACUAUUUAAAUUCAACUCCCCAAUUACAAAAAACCAUCCAGUGAAUGCCGUGGAUUGGGAUUCCUAAAAAUUGCUGGAUGCUCCCCAAAAUCAGACCGGUGACAGCUGUAGCAUGCAUGGUGGAGGAGUUUAUUAUCACGACAGUGGUUCUCGCAGCAGUAUGAUUGCUGGGAAUGAGAAAUGCGAGUCCUAUCUGCUUUUCCAUCACGAAACUGUACUGGGCAAUACCUCCAGAGCAUUCUUGUAUUUUGCGUUGCUCGCCUAUUGUUUUAUCGGCCUGUCAGCUAUUACUGCUCGAUUUUUCCGAUCAAUGGAAAACGUUGUCAAGCAUAGUCGGCAGGUGGUCAAGGUAGAUCCCCUUACAGGGGCUGAAACCAUUGAAUAUGAAAAGGUGUGGAAUUAUGCCAUUGCCGACAUCAGUUUGCUGGCCUUUGGGACUAGCUUCCCUCAAAUUUCUUUAGCCACAAUUGAUGCUAUCCGAAAUCUUGGAAACCUAUAUGCUGGAGGUUUGGGUCCUGGGACACUUGUUGGUUCAGCUGCUUUUGAUCUAUUUCCAAUACAUGCCGUCUGUGUUGUUGUUCCUAAAGCUGGAGAACUCAAAAAGAUAUCUGAUCUUGGUGUCUGGCUGGUAGAGCUCUUUUGGUCCUUUUGGGCUUACAUCUGGCUCUACAUCAUACUGGAGGUGUGGACUCCAAAUGUUGUUACUUUGUGGGAGUCUUUGUUGACAGUGCUACAAUAUGGGCUAUUGCUUACACAUGCCUAUGCACAAGACAAGCAGUGGCCCUAUUUGUCCCUUCCGUUGGAAAGAAGUGAGAGGCCAGUCGACUGGGUGCCUGCUGAGAAUAUUUCAUACGGACGAGUGAACAAGUUCCAUCAAGAGUACUCUGAAGUCCUUAAGGAUGAAGAAGAGGGAAGCGAGCAGAUUGUUGACAUCUUAAAGCAUUCAGAGAGCAUGGAAGGUCCUCCCAUAUAUCAUAACUUGCCCGCUAGUGAUGUUUCUGAAUCCUCAUCUCACCAUUUGAAAAGUGGCAUAAUUCUUGAAGAACCUUCUGUGCUUGCAAUUUGGAAGCUGCAGUUUGUGGAGGCAUAUAUGUUGGAAAGAAGGGACUCAAGAAAAUUGAACAAUAUGUGCCUGCGGCUAGCUAGAAUCUUCUGGCAGCUUCUUCUUGCUCCAUGGAGGCUCCUGUUUGCUUUUGUGCCUCCGUAUCAAAUUGCUCAUGGGUGGAUUGCCUUCAUUUGUUCUUUAGCCUUCAUAAGUGGAAUAGCUUAUGUUGUGACACAACUUACGGACUUAAUAAGCUGUGUUACAGGCAUAAAUGCUUAUGUCAUAGCUUUCACAGCAUUGGCUGGUGGGACCUCAUGGCCGGAUUUAGUCGCAAGCAAGAUUGCAGCUGAGCGGCAGAUUUCUGCUGAUUCUGCUAUUGCAAACAUUACUUGCAGCAAUUCGGUGAACAUCUACGUGGGAAUUGGUAUUCCGUGGCUCAUUGAUACAAUAUACAACUUCAUCGCAUACAACGAACCGCUGCGCAUAAAGAAUGCCGACGGACUUAGCUUUUCUUUGCUUGUGUUCUUCUGCACUUCCGUAGGCUGUAUCGGAGUUUUGGUAUUAAGGCGUCGCACACUGGGUGCCGAGCUUGGAGGACCAAAAAUUUGGGCCUGGAUCACUUCAGUGUAUUUUAUGUUCCUAUGGCUUAUAUUUGUUGUCUUAUCCUCCCUCAGAGUUUCUGGCAUCAUAUAAGUUUUCUUUUUGUUCGCUUUUUCACUUUCCUCUCGACUCUAUUUUUUUGUCUCCCCUAGGUAGUUUAUCCAUAUCCAUUUCCUAGUACAGGGUAUGUAGGGUAGUGAGUGAGAGUUCUUACCAUAUUCUUAAUUUCCUCGAACUCGUAUCUUUUGUGGUGCGUUGCCACAAGUGUAAAGGCUGUCAGCUGGCUAUUUAUGCAAGAGAAUCAUUUCUUUUCAA